UAAAUAUUAAUUGAUAUUAUUUAAUCCAGAUGCAUAAAUUUGAUACAAUAUAAGGGAAACUAUUCUAUACAGUUUAUAUGAUGCAUUAAUAAAGACAGAUUGACACAAAAUAGAAGGGGAAAUUAAAAGGUAUGGAAAAGUGUGUAUGUAGAAUUGUAGACUUAAUCAUUUAAAAACAUCCAUCUUUGAAUAAAAUAGAAACUGACAACACUAUGAUAGCAAGACGUAGUUUGCUUGAUCUUGCAGAAAUAGAAGAAGAGGAUAAAGAUAAAUAGAAAGUAGAAAAGAAAAGACCUAUAGCAAUACGACCAAUUUUAACAAAUAGUAAAUACAAAUAAUCAAGUCGAUCUUUGAUGUCAUCUCCUUAACGUAAAUGAAUGUAAAUAAAUGUUAUCAUUGCC